GUGCCUCGUACGCUCUUGCAGCACAGGUUGAGAGGAAGGGACAGAGAAGGUGGAGAGACCAACAGAGAGAGAGAGAGAGAUAGAGAAACACCCCCAACACACGCACAGGCGAUCUUUUCAAAAAAGUGAGGCAGCUUUUGAAAAAGAGAACUAAAAAAACACAGGAAACAACAGGACAGAUAUUGUAUUUAUCUGCAAGAGAGAAAGAGAGAGAGAGAGAGGCUGACAGACAGAAAAGAGGUUAAACAGGAGAAUCUGUUCAUCUGAGUUGAAGGGAGUCAGGAGAAGGGAGACAGGUGAGUGUGCGGGGGACACUACCCAGAGACAGGACUACCUUGCUGUGGGAGAUCCAGGUCUGUGUGUCUGGUGAGAUACCCUCUCCUCUGGGACACAUACCCGCCAGGAGAAAGAGCCAUGGAGCCCUCUGAUUCAGUUGACGUGGAGGCCAAGGAGAGAAAGAAGAUUCACUUUGCUGAUCCGUCCUCGGCACCUACCCAGCUGGACCCCCGACAAGUAGAGAUGAUCCGGCGCAGGAGGCCCACACCUGCCACACUGUUCAGAGUAGCAGACCAAGCCUCCCCUGAAGAUGACCAGUCCACCCACCAGGUUAAAUGGGUCGUCGGGGAGAACGGUGUGCUCAAACCCAAGAGGGUCAAUCCCAAUGUGUACCAGCCGCCGUCACUGAGAGCCGUGCAGAAGAUGGCUGAAGCUCACAUGCAGCACCUAGGGGUCUACCCCCCUCUGGAAGACUUUGAGGGGGAAGAGUACCAUGACUACCACUGGCAUGAGGAGGAGGGAGAGGAGGAGGAGGAGGAGGGGGAGGAGAAAUCCCCCACCCAAGGUGCUGAUCAGCAAGACGCUCCCACUGCUGAAAUAACAGAAAAGGUGUCAAACGUGAUGAUGAUGAUGUCCAAACAGGUCCAGGAGGAUGACGACGAAGAGGAGGAUGAGAAAGAGGAGAUGAAAGAGAAGGGAAAGACAGGAAAACAGACCGGGGAGUGACUGAUGGAGGACGGAAAAGAGUGGGAGAGGAGAGGGGAGAGAGAGGGUGUGUAAGAGUGUGAAAUAUUUUUUAACUCAAAAACAUUAAAUGAGAGGAGUGGAUGUGCAGGUGUGUGUAUGUGUGAAUGUGUCUGACGUCAGUGUAGUGUUCGAGAAUAAAAAGUGUGUUUGUGUGCGGAUUCUAUCUCUAAGUGACAAACUCUGGAGGCUGUUGACAAGUAUGAAUAAAUGAAUUAGCAAUAAAGCUGUAUGUUAGAAAAUCGCCAGAGAAUUGGAGAGAGAGACAAGGGUGGGAGUUGGCAGGAGAAGUUGAGUUCCAGAAGUGUUUUAUAGAUAUGCCCUUUAUGGGGUGGCGAAGAGUGAUUCAACAGCACAUCAUGUCAAUCAAGCUAAACAUGUCACUUUGGCCCCCGUGUCUCCAUAAACAUGAUGGGAGUAGAAUUGUUCAAGGUCCCCAAGGUCACCAUGAUCAGAUGCUUCCCAGUGUAAACACUAGUCUUAACCUCCAUGUCAGAGGGACCCAUGUUUUUUCUGCUUGAGUUUUCUCAGGCCACUCCCACAAACACACACACAAAUACACAAACACCUUUUUACUGUAUGCAAAUGACAAUAAUUUUAUGGGCGCCUUUCAAAUUAGCUUGAAAGACCUGCGUGACACUUUCAAACUACGCACCUCGUUUUGCCCUGGCCUAAACUGAACAUCUGGUUGAAAACAAAAUGUGAAAUACUUUGGUCUGCUCAAAGAAAAGGGCUUCUACUGCCAUCAAGUGGUUGUAGGCAGAUAUAAUAGGGAAUGUUUCUGCACAAGUAAAGGAUGGCACAGAGUAACUUUACUCAAACCCAUUACUUCAUAUUUUAGAAAAUAUCUUGUAUAAUUCUACCUCUGAAAAAUGUAACCUGGCCAACGUUUUUUUGUGGAUAGCGUCUCAUGGUUUGUAAUAGUUGCAGAAAAAAAUCUCCACAAUUUUGUACACAUGUAUAGUUAUUUUUCUUAAACCUACAGUUCAGAGUAAAAACGUAGUUCAUCCUCUCUGUGACUGGACACACUUAUACUGUCUGGAUGGUUGUACAGGCCCAGUCUAAUUCGCUGAUGAUUAAUAAUGUGGUUGCACAGCCUCUCUCACAGUCACACAAGCUCUCCCUCUCUCCCUGCAACAAUGGAACACCACAUCUGGGCGUAAAAAAUGCUUUAUACCAUCUGAACGUUGUUAUCAUCAUUAUGUCCGAGCGUUGUUCAACUGAUUGGUGCAACUGAACAGAUAAGUGUACACAUGUUUCUGAUAAAGGGUUUUCUUCAUUUCCAAUAAAACCUAACACUGUUGUUAUCUUCUCUA